ACCUCUGUCUAUAUGUCCAUGAAACGGAAGUUAAACACUUAUUUCCCCCCUAAUUGGAAGUUCGAUAUCUUAAUCUCCCCGAUUCGUGGUUACGUCGGUUUGAUGUGUAAACCCGACACGAAACCAUGUAUGGGUCGUAACCAAACCAAAAAACAGACCGGUUUCCUUAUUAUAACCCGACAUCCCGACCCAUUGUCGUAACCAAACAAAAAAUCCCCAAUUCCCAAAUUCAAAAUCCCCAAAUUCAAAACUCAAGAACCCUAAAAUCCGAUUUCUCUUUGAAAACCCGAAUUUGAGUUUGAAGAUGAGCAAUCUAUCAUCGAGUUCGACGGGUUCUACAGGUCCUCGUGGAAGAGGAAGAGUGGUCGGAGUGCCAAAGAGCUGCUGGUGCGGAGAAGGAAUCGUGGCAUUGAUUUCUAAAUCCGAUCCGAAUCCUUACCGGAGAUACUUUCGUUGCGGUUUUGCUGCAAAACAUAGGCUAAGGAACGAUGAUCACACUUUCAAAUGGGUUGAUGAAGCCUUGCUCAAUGAGUUAGAGACAUUGAGAGGAAAGAAUUGUGAACUUGAGCUGGAGUUGAAAGAGCUUAGAACAGAGAGGUUAGAGUUUGAUAAGAAGGUUUCCGAGAAUGUCCAAAUGAAGAUAGAGAAGGAGUUAUUUGAGAAGGUGGAAGAUGCUUUGUCUGAAGCCAAAACAAGCAAUAAGAAGAUGAUGAUUGUAGUAGUGUUAGGGUGUAUGAUUAUGAUUGGAUUCACCAAACUUGUAGGAUGAAUGAUCCGAUGAAUGUAAACCCAAGCUUUCUAAUAUCUUAUGUCUUUGUCUUUGUAAUAUGAUCAUGAUUGGAUUUAUGUUUCUACUUUUGGUGGACUAGUGUGUAAGAGAAUUAUGUCUUUGUCUUUGUAAUAUGAUCAUGUUUGUACUCUUGUUUGAUUUAUGUGUAAGAGAAUGCAUUUAGUAAUCUUGUUUGUUCUUUUGUUAAAGAAAAAGAACAUCCAAUUAGCCAUUUUGAUCAAAAUAAGUUAAAGAAAAAGAGGAAUCCGGAUAACAUUCAAAAUAGCAUUCAUCCUAAACAUCCAUUUAGCCGUAGAAACAAAACAUCCAUUUAGCCGUAGAAACAAUGUGGUCGAAAAUUACAAUGAGACAACCACAAUAUAAGUACCCUAGU